CUCUGUCUUUGGCAGAAAAAGGGUUACUGGAGGAGGGUGGAUCUCACUUUACAAGGAGGGAAGACUUCAAUUUACAUGACAAAGCCUCCAAAGCAACUCUCAUCACCAGUAUAAGACCAAGUCCCAAAGUUGCAUCACCAGACAUUUGACCUUGUUACCACCACCAGCUAUUUGUCCUUCUCCAAAAUGGAAUCUGCUGACCUGAGAGAUGAGCUCAAGUGCCCCAUCUGCCUGAACCUCUUUAAGGAUCCCGCAAACCUCAAAUGCGGACACAACUUCUGCUAUGAUUGUAUUUUAACUGCGCUGGAUGCACAAGAGUGGUCUGAAGUUUUUUCCUGUCCGGAGUGCAGAGAGCAGCAUACGGAGCGCCCCAUGCUGAUGAAGAAUGGGAAGUUGAGUAAAAUCAUGACAUUGCUCAAAACGGCUUACGAUGAGAAAGUCUUGUGUACGUACUGCGAUUCUCCCGAACCAGCUUCUAAAUCAUGUCUGUUAUGCGAGGCCUCAUUCUGUGCAAAGCACCUAAGUUACCACAGCAAGUCACCGGAUCACAUUUUAACGGAACCCACCAAAUUCAGAGAGAGGAAAUGCUCCGCGCAUCAAGAGACUCUUAAAUUUUUCUGCUCGGACGAUAAUACCUGUAUCUGUAUGUCCUGCUGGGAGGCCGGAGACCACAAAGGACACCAGGUGGACCUUCUGAACGUGGCCUCUGAGAAGAAGAAAGAGAAACUGAGAAAAUGUACAGUUACAUUGGACUCUGAGAGACAGGAGAUCCGGAGGAGGAUCCAGAACCAGAACAGUCACCGGAGUCAAGAAGACAAGAAAUCCUUCGCUGUUACCCGGAGCUACACUGACUUGCUUCUAGAAAUUAUGCAACAGCUGAGUGGCGUAGAGAAGGGAGCGCAAAAAGAGAUCCGAAGACAGAAGCAGCAGAUCGCCCAGUCCAUCUCGGAUCUGAAUGGGAGGCUGAAGAAAAAGGAGGCCAACUUGUCCAGGAGGAUUAUUGAGAUACAAGAACUGUGUGACAUCCAAGACCCAUUAAGUGUCUUAAAAACGGCGCCUACCGGAGAUCUCAUGGGUCCUGGGACAGAGGAUACCGCCGAUGAUGUAAGGAAUCCGGCCGAUGAUGUAAGGAAUCCGGCCGAUGAUGUAAGGAAUACGGCUUGUCUAAAGGAGGGCAUGAUCGCGCAGAUACUAGAGAGUGGGCUCCUCACCUUGACUCAGAGUCUGAAGGAUCUGAUGACAAAGAGACAAUUUUCGGUAAAAGAGAAAUCCAAUAUUUUCUUCGAUUUAGAUACAGCGAACUUUAAGCUGCUUAUAUCAAAGGAUCAGAAGAGAGCCACGAAUGCUGGAAUCUGCGUGAACAAGCCUAUUAGUCCUCGGAGGUUCAACUGCAGCCAGGUAUUGAGCGUACAAAGAUUCACAUCCGGGACACACUAUUGGGAGGUGGAUGUGAGCGAAGCGGAGGAAUGGAUGAUCGGGGUGGCCAGUGAAAACAUGGAGAGGAAGAUUUCGGGAAGUAUGUCCUUAUUGGGUUAUAAUAACAAAUCCUGGUGUCUAAUUCAAACCACGUCAAAGCUUCACGUCCAGCACAGGGACAUUUCUACAAAGAUAGACUCGGCACCUUCCCUAAAGACUGUUGGGGUUUAUCUGGAGUAUGAAGCCGGCCGCCUGUCCUUCUACCGGACAUGUGACCUCGUUGUACACCUCCACACCUUCACCACCGCCUUCGCUGAACCCCUCCAUGCCGCUUUCCAUGUACUUCCACAAACCUCUAUCAGAAUUAAAACUUAAAUACUCUA